AUGCAUGAAGUUAUUGAUAAUAACACAGACAGAUGCAUGGUAUUUGAGUGCUUGGAUAUCAAUCUGUGGUCAUUAAGGAUCAGAGCACAGGAACUCAGCCAGUCUUUUCUGAAAAUUACUGUCAAAUCCAUUCUUGAAGCUGUAAAAGUCUUCUCAGACAUGAAUGGGCACUUUACUGCUGUGCACACAGAUACACACAAUACAUAUAUGCAAACAACCACAUCUGGCAUGUGUUCAGGAGUUGAAAUUCAUGCCCCUGAGAUCUGGAAGGGAGUGUUGCCAACACUGCCUUGUCAGGUGUGGUUGGUCAGAGUUACUCUAACACAUUUCUUCAUCAAUAAAGUUAUUUUUGGAAACUGGGAUCAAGAUUCUUGUAUUCAAGAGUUUCCCCUUGACACAAACAAAUCUGUCUGGGCCAUUGGCAAGAUUAUGAAACUUGUUGAACCAUUAGAAUGA